CCUUGAAGUCAAGUGGAAAUUGAUGUACAGGCGUAUAGAUUGUGUUGCAAUCAUCUUGACCUUGUUCUGACGGAGUCGAGUGGCUUAGCAUGUAUAUAGAGUGGUAGUCUGUCGAUCGAGAGAGAGAGAGAGAGAGAAGCUAGCCAGUCUUCUCGCUGUGGUUUGGGGAAUCAGGAGAGAAACGACCUUCGUCCAUUACCUCGUCAUGUGUUGGCAUUUCUGGAGGUAUCAGUCGAUGUUUCCAGCACUUGUGCUGCUGCUCUUGCCAUAUGUUCUCCAUUCGAUGCCAAGUCCAUUUGCUCAUGAAUCGACCGCACCGUUCAUCAACGAGACAGACAUGGACAUGGACGCCUUGCUGCAAUUCAAGGGAAGUCUGAGAAGCCACUCGGCCGCACUUGCCUCAUGGAACACAACUAGUGAUUUCUGCCAUUGGCCUGGUGUUACCUGCAGCCUUAGACACAAGGGCAGGGUCUCAGCACUGAACCUUUCCUCGGCCGGGCUUGUGGGCACCAUCUCCCCUUCCAUUGGGAACUUAACAUUCUUGAAGAUUCUAGACCUUAGCUUCAACGAGUUGCAGGGUGAGAUUCCAUCGACGGUCGGCCGCCUUGGGCGGCUGCAGUUUCUCAAUUUCACGGGAAACUCACUUCAUGGCGGGAUCGCAGAUGGCCUAAGCAACUGCACUGGUCUUAUAAACAUCAUGCUUGACCAGAACCAUUUCACCGGGGAAAUCCCCUCUUGGCUCGGAGGCUUUCCAAAGCUUGUGGCUUUGCUCUUGUCAAGGAACCACCUGACCGGGACAAUUCCGCCAUCGCUGGGCAACCUCUCGUCGCUACAGGCGCUAUACGUUGACAACAACCAGAUAGAGGGUUCCAUCCCUGAGGAACUUGGCAGGCUCAACAACCUCCAGUGGUUGGCAUUGUUUGUGAACCGUCUCUCAGGGACUAUCCCAGAAGCUGUCUUCAACCUAUCAUCGGUGGUUGCAUUUGGUGUCGAUCAGAACGACCUGCAAGGCACACUGUCGCCCAACUGGGGAAACAACCAACCAAACCUUGAGUUCAUCUUCCUUGCAAUGAAUCACUUCACAGGGGGUGUUCCGGCUUCCCUUGCCAAUGCAACCCAGAUAUCCACUCUGGACCUUGGUGUUAACAAUUUCACUGGGAGGAUGCCUUCAGAGAUUGGAACACUUUGCCCAAGCAUCUUUUCCUUCGACUCGAACCAAAUCGAGGCAAGCAACACGGAGGGCUGGGAGUUCAUCACACUGCUAACAAACUGCACCAGGCUCCGUGUCCUGAGCUUCCGAAACAAUAUGCUUGCCGGCGACCUGCCAGGCUCUGUCGCAAACCUAUCGACCAAUCUCCGGGUGUUUUAUGCUGGAUUCAACCAGAUCAAUGGGAAUAUACUGCCCGGCAUCGGUAACCUUGUCAGCCUACAGAAGCUUUUCCUCAGUAACAAUCAUUUUGUUGGUGUUCUGCCAAGCACAAUUGGUCAACUGAAAAUGUUGCGGGCGUUAGGAGUAGAUGGCAACCUGUUAUCAGGUACAGUUGCACCCUCAAUCGGUAACCUAACACAGCUUGAGAUAGUCACAUUUGAUAAUAACAAUUUCGAGGGACCUCUUCCAGUGACCAUCAGGAACCUGCAGCAGUUGAAUGUCGCAAAACUCUCGCGCAAUGCAUUCACAGGUCCACUUCCCUUAGAGAUAUUUAACCUUUCAUCUCUUUCAUACAUCCUUGAUUUGUCCGACAACCGUUUCAUCGGUCCCCUUCCACCAGAAGUUGCCAGCCUUACUAAGCUUGCAUAUUUGGGUAUCUCUCGAAAUAACCUAUCUGGAUCACUGCCUGACACGCUGAGCAACUGCCAAAGUUUGCUCCAGCUCUAUUUGAAUGGUAACUCCUUUAGUGGAAGCCUCCCUGUAUCUAUCAGUGAAAUGCGAGGUUUGGUAGCUCUAAGUUUAGCGAAGAAUUAUUUUUCGGGUGCAAUUCCUCAAGAACUAGGGCACAUGGAGGGCCUGGAAAAGUUAGAUCUUGCACAUAACAACUUGUCUGGGCUGAUCCCACAGACCUUCCAAAAUAUGACUUCAUUAUACCAGCUUGAUAUAUCCUUCAACCAUCUCGAUGGUCAAGUACCAGUUCACGGCGUGUUUGCCAAUUCAACUGGAUUCUUAUUUGUUGGCAAUAACGGGCUUUGCGGUGGUAUCCAGGAGCUACAUUUGCCUGCUUGUCCAAUUCAGUCCGGGAAGCAGAGCGACAUGAAACACCGAGUCAUUCUCAUAACAAUAAUCUCAAUUGGGAGCCUUUUCUGUCUGAUAUUGGCAUUUCUCUUCUUCUACUGCAGAAGGAAAAAGGGAGCUCAUUCUAUAGCAAUGGCAACAUCAGCACUCUCAUUGAUGGAUGAUAAGUAUCCUAAAGUUUCUUAUGCUGAGCUGGCCCAAGGAACUGAUGGCUUUGCUGCUACCAAUUUGAUUGGUAGAGGAAGGUAUGGGUCCGUAUAUAAGGGCAGGUUGUCACUGAAAAAUACUGCAACUGUAGUAGCGGUGAAAGUUUUCGAUCUUCAGCAGUCUGGUUCAUCCAAAAGCUUCGUAGCUGAGUGUGAGGCACUUAGUAAGAUCCGCCACCGUAACUUGCUUAGUGUAAUAACCUGCUGCUCUAGCUCUGACUCGAGACAGAAUGAUUUUAAAGCCCUCGUGUUCGAGUUCAAGCCAAACCAAAGCCUUGACAAGUGGCUACAUGACCGGAAUCCAAGUUCAGAUGUGUCCAGGCCUAUACCAGGCCUCACACUGAUGCAAAGAUUGAACAUUGCUGUAGAUGUCGCCGAAGCACUUGACUACUUGCAUAACAACUGCGAGCCACCGAUAGUGCACUGUGACCUGAAGCCAAGCAACAUUCUUCUCAACGAGGACUUUGGCGCCUGCGUUGGGGACUUUGGCCUUGCAAAGAUCCUCUCUGAUUCAGAUGGCGAGCAAGUGAUAAAUUCGAGGAGCUUCACCGGGAUAAAGGGAACAAUUGGAUAUGUCGCUCCAGAAUACGGGGAUGGCAGCCAGGUCUCUCCAUGCGGAGAUGUCUUCAGCUUCGGAGUGCUGCUCCUUGAGAUGUUUACAGGGAAGGCGCCCACUGAUGCCAUGUUUGUGGAUGGAUUAACCUUACAGAGCUGUGUGGAGACGGCGUUUCCAGGGAAGCUGAUGGACAUUGUUGAUCCGGUCCUGCUGUCCACUAAUGAGACCUGUCCAAGAAAUCCAGAGCACAGAAGCAAUGGAGGAGGAGAGAUUGACAGUUCCAUUAUCUCUGUCACUAGACUUGCACUGUCCUGUUGCAAGUUGACACCAUCUGAGAGGAUGUGCAUGAGAGAUGCGGCCGCUGAGAUGCGCAAGAUAAGGGAACGCUACCUUAGAGACCUUUCAGGGGGAAAUAAUUUGUGAACUAGCAAAUUCUUAGGUCAUAUGAUCUUGCAUAGUAUGUUUGCCAGAGUCAGAUACACUGGUUGAUGAGCAUAUUUAUUCUCAGCCAUCAGACAACAUAUAUCUUUUUUUUUCUUUUCAUGAUGAAACUUCAGUAAAACAAUGGAAAAUAUGUAUCCUGAUGAAA